AUGACGCCAAUAAAGAGCUUGACUGGUUUAAGAAAGUCUCAGACAAAGCAGCAUUCAUGGAUAGCCCUUAGUCUCAGGACACGCGUCAUCAUCCAGAUCAAUAUUCUUGUCUCCGCUCAAGUUUCAGUAACGCUUCCACUCAUUAUAGCACUGCUAAGUUGUCUCUAUUUCUUCAGUGGACGAAAGGCAAAGCCAAAGCUGCCGCCGGGGCCACGAGGGCUACCUGUUUUGGGUAGUCUGCCGGACCUCGGUUCGAAUCCCCACCACUGUCUUUACGCUCUCUCCAAGCGCUAUGGUGGCCUCAUGUAUCUCAAAUUGGGCACCACCCCCGCCAUUAUUGCUUGCUCCCAGGAGGCUGCAACUGCUAUCCUCAAGACAUUUGAUUCCGAUUUCUCUAACAGACCGAAGAGCGGAUCAGCGGCAGCGGAUAUUCUCUUGUACAAUAGAAGCGACAUCAUCUUUUCUCCCUACUCUCAGUGGCCUUUCCUAAGAAAGCUCUGCAUUUUGCAUCUCUUGACCCCCAAAUGUUUGGAAAAGUGGCAGGAGUUUCGAGAAGAAGAAAUGGCUCUGUUGCUCGAUUCCAUCUUUAAAUAG